AUGCGCUUCUCCCAAGCUUUAGUCCUUCUGGCAUAUGCUCCAUUCGCAAUUGCAUAUCCGACAUUCUCAGCACCCGCAGCCGCAGCGGUAGAAACAGCUGCAACUCCAUUUACUGUUACGUGGGCAGAUAACGGAGAUGCUCCAGCGAUAGCUGAUAUUACCACCUAUCAACUAGAUGUCUGCGCAGGUAGUUCGGCUGCGGAUCUCGAAGUGAUAUACCCCGUAACUGCUUCCGCUACCUUGGGGUCAACUGUUUCGACUAGUGUUACUGUACCAGCGGCCAGGGGGUCAUCGUUGACCAAUGCCUACUUCAUGAGAAUGAUAGCAACCACAGCGUCAGGGACUGUUAUAGUAUAUUCGAAUAGGUUCUCUAUUAGCGGCAUGACGGGGACUUUUGGAGCCGUGUACACAAUCACUGGCACCGCUGGACCAGCAACUGUCAAUAAUGUGGCAGACACGGCAGUCGCAUCAUCAUCAGGAACUGCGGACGAGGGUGUUUAUGGAAUCCCAUACCAAUCACAAACUGGUCUUACAAGAUAUGCCCCAAUGGGUCUGAUGCCUGGUACCACAAUAACGGCCACGAACACAGAACCUCAAUAUCCAAAAUCGGAUGUUGUUCUAGCCACCACGUUUUUAAGCUCAGCAACCAUUGACACAACUUUGACUCAAGCUCAAACAGCUUCCUUUGCAAGUCAUCCUAAUACGGUUGCUGCGGCAUCAAUGCCUACAGAUGAUAUGGCAAAAUUCUUGGCUAGAUGGAAGGAUUGA